UCUGCAUAAAGUGUCAUUUUUUACCAACUGUUAAAUUCAUCGUAGAGACUGACUAGUCAUAGUUUGAAUCGAAGAAUAUUAAUAAUUUCGUUUAGAAGUAUGUCGGACCAAGAGGAAAAAAUAUCACAAUUCGUUGGAGUGACAGGAGUCAACGAUCAGCGAGCUCGUUUUUUCUUGGAGUCUUCCGGUUGGCAAGUUGAGGUGGCCUUAGCUAGUUUCUACGAAAACGACAGUGAAGAAGCCGAAUCUGCUGAACCGCCUGCUAGAGAACCGCCACAGUCAACUAUUAUCCAGAAGAAACCUGCUCCAAAACCGAAGAGCUCCAAUUUACACACUUUGAACACUCUGACUACCACAAGUGAUGAUGAAGAAGAGGGACAAGCCUACUAUGCCGGGGGUUCGGAGAACAGCGGUCAGCAAGUGCUUGGACCACCCAGAAGGAGGAGCAUUGUUUCAGAUAUGUUCAGAUCAGUUCAGGAACAUGGAGUGGAAAUUGUGGAUGAAGCAGCACACAGCACUUCUUCAAGAAUUUUUUCGGGAACUGGCUACAAAUUAGGCCAAGAUGGUAAUGACUCUGAAGUCAUACCUGGAGCUGCUCAACCAGCACAACCCCGUCAAGUUACUUUAAGAUUGUGGCAAAAUGGUUUUAGUGUUAAUGAUGAAGACCUACGUUUGUAUACUGAUCCACAAAACAGAGAUUUCUUAGAAUGCAUUCAAAGGGGGGAAAUUCCCUCAGAAUUCAGACAAGAUAACAAUGAGUUUAUUCAUUUAGCUAUGGAGGACCAUAGAAUGGAGAACUUCAGAAAGAUAGUGAAGAAAGGAGUGAAGGCAUUCCAAGGACAGGGAUACACUUUAGGAAGCCCAGCCCCACCAGUGGUUGGAGCAAGUAAUGAGGAGGAUAAACCUGCUAAUGAAGCCAAAGCAAAGGAAACUAUCAAUGUGGAUGCUUCUAAACCUACUACAAAUUUGCAGAUUCGGUUGGCUGAUGGAUCACGACUUGUUGGUCAAUUCAAUCAUGAUCAUACUGUCGCCAAUGUUAGGAAUUAUAUUACAAUUGCCAGGCCUCAGUACCAAACCCAGCAGUUCAACCUUCUAUCAACCUAUCCAUCUAAAAUUUUAGAUGAUUCACAAAGUUUGGCUGAAGCUGGACUUCUAAAUGCGGCAAUUAUGCAAAAAUUGAUAUAAAAAUACUGUAGAGUGUAUUAUCUAAACUAGGUUAUUUUUCUUUCUUAAAUUAACAAUCAAAAUGUUAUUAUAGGUUGCGACACUUAUUCUGUUUAUUUAUUUUGUUUAAUAAACAAUUAAUCACA